AUCCGAUCGGCUUAUCGGGCGCGGCGAAGCGAUGACGCUGAUGCUGCCAUGAUGCCAUGCAUCCGGAACCAGACUGAAGGAAAUGGAUGAAUGACUGCCUAAUUAAUAUCCUUUUCUUGUACUCCCCUCCACUUCCUCGUCAUCAUCUGGCUGACUGACUUGACUUUCUUGUACACCUUUUUUUUUUUCAUCCGGCCGUUCCAUCUCCGGCCAGCCACUCUUCCCUCCCUCCCACUUACUUCCAGUCCAACCAUGCCCUUCCGACCCAGCCGUGUGAGUAUUUGUGCCUGGUUCGCAUCCACGGCUCUGCACACUUCUUCCAUUUAGUCUUGUCUUCCCCUCUUGCUUCUGUGAAAAGAAGAAUCCAUCCUUUUCCCUUUCUGCUUCAUGCUUGCUUGCUUUUUCUUCCCCCUCAACUGCAUUAGCUCUCGGUCAUACAUCCAGCCUACAUCUCUAGCACAUCUGACCGACGGGUCCUACGGGUCGAUCACCCCCUCCACUCUGGGGUUUACCUCUCAUCUCCUACAUAAACUGUCCCUGCUCCUACUUGUGGUGGACACGGAAAUUAGCUGUUGUUUCAUCUGGUCCCUUUUCCCACUUUACUCUCGGAUAUAUUGUCACUUUUUGAAUUUCUUUUCUUUUCGUGGCCCUGGCGAGGCUCAGGCGGAGGUAAGCCGACCCCCGAAUGCCAUUUGCCCGUCCCAUGGUUCCCCUCCUUCCUUUCCUCGUAUGUCACCGGUUCUCCAGCUGCUCGCCACCCACUCAAGGCGAGGUCUGGAACGCACGGCUAGCACGGCGAAAAGCUCGAGGUCUUCUUGCCUUUUAAUAAUAUGGCCCUCUCCUACCUACGUCUCCUUCCUCAAUACAUGCAAUUUCCUUUCAUCGCAGAUCACUGACGUUCCGGAUACUAUAUAGUUGGCUUACAUUCUUACCACUUUCCGGACCCGCAUUCCUCGGUUGUCACCCCAACUUCUGUUGCGCCCGUUUGCUGCCUCUUUAUACAUUCCCGGCUGCAUUGGGACUUUAUGUGAAAUAUUUUGGCCGUC